CCAUCUACAACAUUCGGCAAGCGGCGGGAAAGUGGGAGGAGAGCUCUGGACCUCGCGGCGAAGAGCGGCGGUACUUUCGCAAGCUCAAGGCCUCCUGCUGCGACGAGGCAACCGUCCGUGAGAUGCCCGCUGCCGUCACCGCCGAGGCAUGCGCGGAGCACGACUUCCCCUUGCCCAACCGGCAGUGCUAGGGCUCUUUCUGUUGGCCCCAAUCAAGGAGGAGAGCUGUUAUGGCUGGCUGCUCAUAACACCCCAUAACACCCCAUAACACCCCAUAACACCUCCAUCACUGUUAUGGCUGUUAUGCCCACCCUACCAUAACACCUCAUAACACCUCAUAACACCUCAUACAGUAACACUCAUAACACCUCCCACUGGUUGUUAUGACAGCCAGCAUAACAACCUCAUAAGGUGUGCGGCGCCUUGGCAUAUCUCGGACUCGGCGAGGUGGAUGGGCUGGGAGCAAGGGGGCGGAAGUGAUCAGUGCGGUAGAUCGGUCAGUCGGGGCGCAAGAGGUGGCCUGUGAGCCAUCCGGCUUACAUUUACCCUGCGUUCUUGCACAAGAUACUCGUUCUGUU